UAGUGUGCAAUUAAGCACUUAAUCACUGAGGGUGAUGAUGGUGCUUUUACAAGCAGUAUACGACUUGACUAGUCCCCCGCCCAGGCAGCCAGUGGCCGACGGGACUCCCACUCUCACCAUGGCUGCUGCUGCUGCUCUCCCAAAACUGCUCGACGAGUCCUGUAUUAAGGAGUUUCUCAAUAGUUUUGACAAUGUCCUCAGCGACUGUGACGGAGUUUUGUGGUGCUGUGAUUCUGUAAUAGGCCGAGCAAAUGAAGCUAUAAAUCAACUACGAAGCUUAGGGAAGAAGAUAUUCUAUGUGACAAAUAAUUCAACCAACUCGCGUGAUGGAUAUGUUGCCAAGUGUGAGCGACUUGGCUUUAUUGCCAACAAGGAAGAGAUAGUGAGUGCCUCGUAUGUGAUGGCUCAGUAUCUCGAGCAGCUAAACUUCAACAAAAAAGUAUAUGUUGUUGGAACCUCAGGGAUGACUCAGGAGUUGAAUGAAGUUGGGAUUUCACACACAGGUGUUGAACCAGACCCUUUGGUGGGACAGGCCUUUGAUUUAUUAAAUACAGUCAAACUGGAUCCAGAGGUUGGGGCCGUGGCCAUUGGUUUUGAUGGUCACUUCAGUUUUCCCAAAAUCAUGAAGGCUGCGUCAUACCUCUCCAACCCUGAUUGUUUAUUUCUCGCCACGAAUAUUGAUGAACAGUUUCCUGUUGAGAAUACCUCUCUUAUAUUUCCUGGUACUGGCUGCUUUGUACGGUGCGUGGAGACAGUUGCUGAGCGCGCACCGAUAAUUAUGGGCAAGCCUUCGGAGAUGAUGUUUUCCGUCAUCAGUGAAAAGUAUAAGCUUGAUCCUUCGCGUACUCUAAUGAUUGGAGAUAGGAGCAACACCGACAUAUUGUUUGGCAAAAAGUGUGGUCUUCACACACUUGUCGUGCUGAGUGGUGUAACGCAGAUGAGUGACUUGCAGAAUUGGGCUGCCAGCUCAGACGAGGAGAAACACAAGCUGAUAGCAGAAUACUACCUUCCACAGCUUGGUGAUCUGGUGACUUUGCUGAAUAAUGGAAAUAUUUAGUUGGCUUUGAAAUUCAUCCCCCAGUAAGUUCCUUUGUGUUCUGGUCGGAAAUAUUUUUUCCAUUUGUCUAGGAGUUUCUUUUUAAAUUGGCCUACAGCUCAGAUUUUGGAAAAAUUGCAAAAUUUAUAGCUUUGGUUGAAAAUACAGUACAGUAGUUGAGAAAUAUAAUAUUUUUGUGCAAGAAGUGGUGUCCUUUGAGUAUAAGCAAUAACUUCUUCAUUAUGCAGUGUUUUGACGACCUAAAUUUGCAGAAGACUCUUUACAGGUUGAAAUUAUUCUACUUAUUUGUAGUGUUAAUCAAGUAUUCUUAUAUUCAACUUAAGGAGAGUGAACUAAAAGCAGUACCAAGAAUGUGAAAUACUAUUAUAUAAAAUGUUUUACAAAUACACUUUAUAUUGUUGGUCAAUACAUUGCUAUCAUGCAUGUUUAUUUGAAGAUGUCAAUAAGGUUGUGAUCAAGGUAACUUGUGCAAUGUUAUAAAAUACAGUAUUAUUUUAAUGGUAAGCUUAAAUAUUUAUAUUUGUUUUCUAGACUAUGCACAUUAUAUAUAUAUAUUGUAGCUGUAUAUUAUAUAUAGAGAAAUUAUCAGAAGAAAAUAUAUACUUAUAUAUGUAUGGAAUUUA